AUGGUCCUCACUCUUUACAAGUACGAUCUCAGCCCACCAGUUCGGUCAGUUCUUUGGGUCAUUGAAGCGCUGAAGCUACCAGUUCAGUUUGUUGAGGUGAACUUCCUAAAGAAUGAGCAUUUAACUGAAGAGUUUAAGAAGAUAAAUCCACAACACACGGUACCAACUUUAGUAGAUGACGAUUUCGUAUUAGCUGACAGCCAUGCCAUCAUCACCUAUUUACUGAACAAGUACGGCAAGGAUGACUUCCUUUACCCAGCCGAGCCCAAGCUACGAGCGAUCGUCGAACAGCGUUUGCAUUUCGACAGUGGUAUCUUGUUCCCUGCUAUACGCGGUGCUUUUGGUCCAGUAGUUUUCCAAGGAAGACGAAACUCUCAAGAGGAAUUCGACAAGAUCAAAGCAGCUUACGAGUUCACGGAACAGUUCGCGACCAACACCUGGUUGGCUGGAGACCAGUUCACCAUCGCUGAUAUCUGCUGUGUGACGAGUGUCAGCAGUUUGGACGAAAUUAUUCCUAUUGAUGCUAAAACAUACCCAAAUCUCUACGCCUGGUUCAAACGCUGCUCCGAACUUGAUAUCUACAAAAGCAAAAAUGUUCCUGGGAACAAGGAACUAGGCGACGUAUACAGAAGUAAAGUGGCUACUUUGCAAUAA